AUAGUUCUAUCGUCCCUCACGCGGGCUCCCGUCCGCAGGAGGCUGAAUAAAAUCGCAGGGGUAGAUCGCCUGGACUUGUUUGGCCUGAUGUUUCGAGGGGCAGAGGCGAAGAAGGGCUUUCUUCCGAUCCAAUACCGUUUAGCCGAUGGUCGCCUCUCCGACCAGCUGAAUCCUAAUCAAUCCCGUCUCUCCGAGCAGCAAUCUAAAGAGAAAUAAGAGGGGUGGAAAAAUAGUGGUUGAAAUGGGCGGUAGCGGCGGCGGAGAAAGGACGCCGGAGGGUUCGGAGGAGCAGCAGAAGCGGUCGGAGAUAUACACGUACGAGGCGCCGUGGCACAUCUACGCGAUGAACUGGAGCGUGCGGCGGGACAAGAAGUACCGGCUGGCCAUCGCGAGCCUCCUGGAGCAGUUCCCGAACCGCGUGGAGAUCGUCCAGCUGGACGACUCCACCGGCGAGAUCCGCUCCGACCCGGCCCUCUCUUUCGAGCACCCCUACCCCCCCACCAAGACCAUGUUCGUCCCCGAGCGCGACUGCCUCCGCCCGGACCUCCUCGCCACCUCCGCCGACUUCCUCCGCAUCUGGCGCAUAUCGUCGGAUGACGAAGGCGACGACGAGAACAACAAGAAGAGCAACUCCUCCUCCAAGUCGUCGUCGCGCGUGGAGCUCCGGUCCCUCCUCAACGGCAACCGCAACUCCGAGUUCUGCGCCCCCCUGACCUCCUUCGACUGGAACGAGGCGGAGCCGCGUCGCGUGGGCACCUCCUCCAUCGACACCACCUGCACCAUCUGGGAUAUCGAGCGCGAGGCCGUGGACAUCCAGCUCAUCGCCCACGACAAGGAGGUCUACGACAUCGCCUGGGGCGGCGUCGGCGUCUUCGCCUCCGUCUCCGACGACGGCUCCGUCCGCGUCUUCGACAUCCGCGACAAGGAGCACUCCACCAUCAUCUAUGAGUCGGCCGACCCCCCGGAGACCCCGCUCGUCCGCCUUGGCUGGAACAAGCAGGACCCCCGCUACAUGGCCACCAUCAUCAUGGACUCCGCCAAGGUCGUCGUCCUCGACAUCCGCUUCCCCACUCUCCCCGUCGUCGAGCUCCACCGCCACCAGGCCAGCGUCAACGCCAUCGCCUGGGCCCCUCACAGCUCCUGCCACAUCUGCACAGCCGGGGACGACUCCCAGGCCCUCAUCUGGGACCUCUCCUCCAUGGGCACCGCCGGAGGCAGCGCCUCGGCCGGAGGCGGCCAGCAGGCUGCUGCCGCUGCCGACGGCGGCCUUGACCCCAUACUCGCCUACACCGCCGGGGCCGAAAUCGAGCAGCUACAGUGGUCCUCCACUCAGCCCGACUGGGUUGCCAUCGCCUUCUCCACCAAGCUCCAGAUACUCAGGGUUUGAGAGUCAGACAUACAGAGGAACAAAGAAAGAUGGGAUAAAAUAGAACGAUGGUUUCUUACUUGAUUUAGAUUAGCGAUGGGCCAUAGGUCAGCUUGGUUGCUUCUCUGCUGUGAAGAUCUGAUCUUGUGAUCUUGCCUGCUGGUGGUGUAAUGUGUAGUUUGUUUAGCUUGUGACAUUGCUUGCUCUUAGAAGUACAUCUAAAGUUAUCAUUUAUUAUCCCAGAAAAAUCAGUAGAUUAUAAGUUAAGAUUCCAUGCAAAAAAAAAACUUAUGUAUUAAGAAUACUGCAUUUUCCUAAAGAUGGUUAGGGAUGGAAUGCACCUUCUGUAAGCUGACUUAGUAAGGACAUCAAUCUUAUUAUCUCUUUCUCAUUUUUCA